GAGAGUUCGAGACGAAGAGCAAACGAUUUGAUUUGAAAAAGAAAAAAACAAACUUCUUCCAGCUGAAGCCUUCAGCAAAAAUCUCUCUGAUCCUCCGUUUGAAUUUUCCCCUCUUAAUGGAGAAAUCGGAUCAUGAUCUGAGUUCUCACCAGAACCCUUUGGCGCGCCAAUUGGACUUCUCCGUCCCGACGGCGGCUGUGGAAACGAAGACGAUCGAUUCUUCUCGGGAAAGUGAGAAGAAGCAGUCGCAAUCUCUUCUUCUCGAUUCGGAGUCGUCUCGGGAAGAUCAAAGAGAUGAAGAAUUGCCUUCGCAGCCUUCAGGUACCGAGGAGCAACAUCGAUUAGGGGUGAAGUCGCUGGAGCAGCCAUCGGCGACGGAGGAUGUCACGCCGCCGCCGCAGAAACCUCCGCUUCCUCGGCUUGGUCUUCCAUUGGGGAAGUGUCGAGUGAGCAAGCAAGAGCAGAUGGAAGCUGAGUCCAAGGAUGGGACUCCGAAUAAGCAGAAGCAUUGCAACUGUAAAGCUUCUAGAUGCUUGAAGCUGUAUUGUGAGUGCUUUGCGUCGGGAUCGUAUUGCAAUGGUUGCAACUGCGUGAAUUGUCAAAACAAUUUGGAGAAUGAGUCCGCAAGACAAGAAGCCAUCACCGGGACUUUAGAGCGCAAUCCUGAUGCCUUCAAGCCUAAGAUUGCUGGUAGUCCUCACGGAAUCAAUGAUUUGCAGGAGGAUGUGCGCCAACUCCUGAUUCUUGGAAAGCACAGCAAAGGAUGCCACUGCAAGAAAUCAGGAUGCCUCAAGAAGUACUGUGAGUGUUACCAGGCCAAUGUCUUAUGUUCAGAGAAUUGUAGAUGCCAGGAUUGCAAGAACUUUGAAGGAAGCGAAGAAAGAAGUGCCCUUCUUCAUGGAUCGCAUCAUGUCUCAGAAACCUACAUACAACAGACGACCAAUGCUGCUCUCAGCCGCGCCGUCUCCACGUCUGGUUUUCUGAACACUCCUGAAUCAAGAAAGAGAAAGAGCAAGGACGCUUCAUCUGCGGUUCCGCUCCUUGUCCAAAAUCAGGCGGUGAAUCGCGUUAUGAGGAAUGGUGACACUUCUCUUUUUUCAAUCCCUAACAACAAAGCAGUGUCUGGAUCUCCCACAUGUACUUACAGGUCGUCUCUGUCAAAUACUAUCCAGCCGCGUCAUGUCAAAGACCUAUGUACGCUUUUGGUUGCAACAUCGUUAGAUGUAGCAAAUAAAUAUUCAGACAAAAGGAGGAAACAUGAGAAAGACCCUUCACUUGAUCCAGCCCAGAGAGAUGCUAAUGAGAUCAAUGACUCUCCAGACUGUGUCCUUGACUCCACUAGAAUGGACGAGAAGCCUUUAUCUCCAGCAACACGUGCAUUGAUGUGUGAUGAUGAACAUGUAAUAACAUCAGAGAAAGAGACAUCUGCCGGGGUGAAAACAAGCCAAGAGAAAGAAGAGGCAGACACAAGCUCGGAGAUUUACUUGGAUAAAGAAAGACAGAUCUUGUCGAGCUUCAGGGACUUUCUCAUUGAGCUCUCAAACCGUGGGAGCAUAAAAGGAACAAAUAUCAAAUCCAACUAGAAAGGAACCAAAAGAUGAAGAGCAAAGUCAUCGAGACUCAAGUUUGGGGUAAUGCUUUAGGGAACUCCAUUCUCUUUUUAACAUAGAUCAUGUCACAUAUACAUGAAAAUCAGAUUAGAUUUAAGUUUUUUUCCUGUUAGUAAACAAAACUCUUUUUUUUAACAGUUACAUUAGUGCUAAUGCACUAGAUUUCAUUCAUACAUUGGUUCGAAGAUUUUGAGUAACUUGUGUCUAGUUGAAUAAAAUUGUUACCUUACAUAUGAA